AUGAGAGUCAAUUCGAAGGAAUUAGGAUGUGUGUCCACCUGUUGGAAUUCAUCUUUUGAAGGGAUUCUCUAUUGGAAACAAAAAGUAGAUUCACGAAUAAAGCGUGGCUGUGUUUUUUCUGAGCACUGGUGUCGGUUGAAAGGCAAUAUUCUGAUUCUUUGUCGCUCUCCAGACAGAACAAGCAGUGAGGUCGCUGGUGUAAUACUGUUGGAACGUUUCACUGUAUCGCGUACUAGAGAUGAAGAAAUACCAUACUCGUUUCGUUUAGAGGCCGGAUUUUCUAGUAGCUCAGUUACCCAAUCAGUUCCUAUUGAAGGUACUUUGGACGACCAGGGACUUGAAAUAAUAUUGAGAUGUCAGAAUAUUGGAGAAAUCACCCAUCCUAACGAGUUUCCUAACGCCUGUCUACUUGUCUCAGUAUCAUUUCCCCGUAAGAGCGAUUGGACUGCAGUUGAUGCAACCGAAGUAAUUGAACAUUCCCGUAAUCCGGCAUUUUCAAAGACAAUUUUUCUACAUUCUGAUUUAAUAGAGGAGAAUAAUGAAAUUCGAUUCAGUUUAUUUGAUAUUAAAGACGUCAAAUCUAAUGUGAGUGUUUUAAUUGGCGAGACAACAACAUCGAUGAAAGAACUGUUGAAUAAUUCCUCUCUGUCAUUGCCGAUCCGUGAUGAAUGUUCCAGUACAUCUAUACAGUGUACAAACUCAGAUUCUAUUCCAUUAAUCUUUAUACAAUCAAGAAAACAAAAACCAUUAAAUUCUACAAUGGCUAGGGUCGAUGCUAAUAUAUUGUCACUGCGUUCAGUGUGCGAUAAUCUGCUUUCUAAGCGGUAUACCUUUCAAGAUACAAUGGGUGAGGCAAUGCAUGUUAUUGAAUUCAUGGGAGAAUCAAAGCUAUGCUACGACUUUCCAAUAGAAUAUUUAAAAUCGUUAAUUCAGUCAGAAUACUUGAUAUACGAUUCGUUAUCCAGGACGGGAUCAUCAAAACCUGUCCUUGAAAGCUUACGAAAAGAGAGGUUGAUAAGCAUGAAGCAAACAUUAGAACGAUAUGAAGCUAAUCUAAGGAAUCUAGUGGAUUAUUCCGGUCCUCGCUUCAAACCAUCUACUGAACGUGCUAAUCCUCGAUAUGAUUUCGUUCCAAUCAAUCUUCAUGUUAAUCAAAUAGCUCUUACGAAUGCUGAUGGACAGCUAGUCUCUUCGCAUAACAUUAUAUCUGUUGGUGCAUUUUCAUUGGCUUCUGGACGUUAUAAAACCGGUGGUUUGUUUCGAAUGGCAUUUGAUACAAUGAUUUCACCAACUCGUACAUAUCCUCCAUCUGAGUUAUCCUUUGUCAAUAUAUCAUAUGAAUCACCUAUAGCUGCGUCUACAUGCUUAUUAAAUACAAAACCAAUUGGUAAAGCUAUGGAUUUACUCUAUCGAGGAACACGUACUAUUACAUUAUUAAGAUCAGAUUUAGAUGGUCUUAUUGAAAGGUUAAGUGCACCUGGGCAAGCUGAACCUUUAGCUCAACGUAUGCAAAAAACUGUAUAUUCUAUACAAGGGAUAUUCUCAAAUUCAUUACUGUCUAAUCUUAAUGUUGUGACAGUUGUCUCGUAUGAUUUUGAAGUGAUUAUCGGUUUACUCGCACAACUGUCAUCUAUAGAAAUGAUUGAAGUAUCAGGUUUUCAAAGAGAAUCUCAGUCUAAUAACAAUUUAAUCGAGAAUAAAGUGGACAACAAAUUUCGUAUGGAGUUGAUAAAUUCCUUGAACAAAGCAGGUCAAAAAUUGUCUACUACUUUAGAGCGUAUCUGGGAUAAUGCAUCAUCAGUAUUGUGGGAUUAUGUUCUAUCGGCUCUUGCUGAUUUAUCCAAUCAGCAAAUGCCGUCCAAUGGAGAUAAGGAAGCUGGUUGUAAUUAUUCUGAUUUAAUCAGUGAUGCAGAGAGAUCAGCUUAUCCUAAUAUGUUGCCGAUAAAUAACAAUAUACUCACAGCGAUCUCUAUUCUACAAGAUGCCUUCAGCUAUCGACAUCAUGCCUGCGUUUGUCAGACUUUAACUACAGUUCUUACUGCUCUCUCAAUGGAAAUACCUCGGUGGGAUCGUAAAGAUUGGGAACAAGCUGCUGUCUGUGGGGUCCUAGUUCAUUUUGAAGGUCUCCUUAGUUGUUAUGGAGAUGAACAAGGAAUGAUCGAAGAUUGGGCAUGGGCAAUCGAUUAUUUAUCAGCCUAUCGUAUUACACUUCGACCAUCUGGUAACUUUACUAACUCUGUAAUCGCUGCAAGUAGAAAGAAUACGGGGAAUUGUGAAUCUUCCAGUUUUAACCGUUCAAGUUCCAGUGUACAGAUUACAAAUUGUAAUGUCGAUAGAGAGAAAAAUAAGAAUUCAGAGGAAUUUUAUCCAGGUUUCAAAAUCACAAAAUUAAAUGAGUGUGAGCUUUCUGUUCAAUGGAGGUCAUGGGUUCAUGCUCCUUCAGAAAUUCAAGCUCGUGGUCGUGUACGAAUUCGUUUGCAUCCUGUUUCAUUUGUAGUUGGUAUCAAUGAAUUACAAUCAGUUGCUGAAACUUUAGAUAAAACUGGUGUACAAUGUGCCGUGAACAAUCAUGGUUUGAAGUGUUUCCGUGCUUAUUUUGACCGAUAUACAAAGCAUUUCGGUGCACCAGGUCGAACCGCUUCAAAUCAAGAUGUAUGCGAUUUACUGACUGAUAUUGCACAUCGUCUUACUCCACCUAUACGUUCAAAACCAGUAGAAGUGUUACAGUUAGCCUCUGAGGUGACACAUGCAUUCGGUGGUUUACGUAUUACAAAUUGUAAGUCAGCUAAAGAUCGUACAGCUAUGUCUGUUACGCUAGAACAGAUUCAAUGGUUAAAGAAUGAAGGUAUGCAUGAAAGUUGCUUCACAACAGCUCUCCAGUGUAUUCGAAGUACUGGUCUACGUUUAGAUAAUGUGAUGAAGAAUACUGGUAAACGUAAAUAUGCCUUCAAUCGACUUCAACUGUUAUCCUUUCCAAGAUUGUAUAAACCGCCAAUGGGAACAUAUUCAUCGAAUGUUUUAUCAUAG